AAUAAUAUAAUAAUACUCUUAUUAAUUUCCACAUGGCCCACACUCAGCUGAUGUAUCGUCAUCCUUUUUACCGUUACCCGCUCCCCGUAUAUAAAUGCUAUUCUACCUUUAACUUUUCCUCAACUCUACUGUUCAAUCCCACUAAUAAAUUCCUACUUUUAUCUCUCUUUGAUUUUGAUUUCAUUUCUCACAUUCUUCAACUUACACACUCAAAAUGGCUGACUCUAACGGUCGGAAACUACUAGUUGAAGUCUGUAAUGCCAAGAAUUUGAUGCCUAAAGAUGGCCACGGAACCGCCAGUGCAUUUGUAAUGGUGGAUUUUGACGGCCAACGACGUCGUACUAAGACAAUUUCUCGUGAUCUCAACCCUCAAUGGGAUGAGAAGCUUGAAUUCUUUGUACACAAUGUUGAAUCUAUGAAUUCCGAAAUAUUAGAGCUGAAUGUGUAUAAUGACAAGAAGACCGGGAAACGCACUAAUUUCCUCGGUAAAGUUAAGAUUUCUGGAUCAUGUUUUGCUAAAUUAGGGUCAGAAACCUUAAUUUACCAUCCAUUGGAGAAGCGGAGUGUGUUUUCUCAGAUUAAAGGGGAGAUCGGGCUUAAGGUUUGGUACGAGGAUCCGCCUGUGGAAGAGGAGAAGAAACCAGAUGAGAAGAAGGAAGAAGAGAAGAAAACAGAGGUUGCUGUGGAAGAGAAAAAAGAAGAGGAGAGUAAAACAGAAGAAGUGAAAGAAAAAGUCGAAGAAAAGCCGCCGGAGGACAAUCAUCCACUUCCAGCACCUCAAGAAGAGACGAAUAAAGAAACUCCAGCACCUCCACCACCACCAAAUGCUGUCGCAGAGGUUAAACCUCUAGAAAAUGAGAAGGAGGAUGAAAACAAGAAUCUAGAAGUUUCGACAACAAAUAAUAAUAGUAGUAACAAUACUGUUGAUAAUGAUAACAUAAUCACUACUACUAAUACCAGAAGUGAUUUAGAGAUCCGAUCUGUUUCCGGUUCAGACCGGAGGAGUGGAACAGGGUAUGAUUUAGUAGAUCGGAUGCCAUUUUUGUACGUUCGUGUUGUAAAAGCGAAACAUUCGAAUCCAGAAGUUGAUGCGAUGAGUUUUGCUAAAUUGGUGAUUGGAACUCAUAGCAUAAAAACGACGUCGGAGAAGAAUAAUAAAGAUUGGGAUCAAGUUUUUGCUUUUGAUAAAGAAGGGUUAAAUUCGAGUUCUCUGGAAGUAUCAGUUUGGACAGAGAAGAAAAAGGAAGAGCAAGAAGGUUCAAAAAUUGAGGAGAAAUGUCUUGGUAUUGUGUCGUUUGACUUACAGGAGGUACCAAAACGCUUACCACCUGAUAGUCCUUUAGCUCCUCAAUGGUAUACUCUUGAAACAGGUUCUGAAGUUGGUGGUGCUGAUGUUAUGGUUGCGGUUUGGGUUGGAACCCAAGCUGAUGAAGCAUUCCAAGAGGCUUGGCAAUCGGAUUCGGGUGGGUUGAUUCCGGAGACCCGAGCCAAGGUUUAUCUUUCUCCGAAGUUGUGGUAUUUACGGUUAACGAUUAUUCAAACCCAAGAUUUACAGAUAGGUUCGGUGUCACCCGAACCAAAAACUCGAGCUCUGGAGCUUUAUGUAAAGGCUCAACUUGGAGCUCAAGUUUUUAAGACAGGUCGAAUAGGGUCCUCUAAUCCUACGUGGAAUGAAGAUUUGGUGUUUGUGGCAGCAGAGCCUUUUGAGCCCUUUUUGGUGGUUACCGUUGAGGAUAUUGUAAGUGGAAAAUCUAUUGGAUUGGUUAAGGUACGCGUGGCAAGCAUCGAACGGAGGAGUGAUGACCGAGCACAAACCAAGUCAAGGUGGUUUAAUUUGGUUGGGGAGGAUGAGAAGAGCAAGUCUUAUGCUGGGAGGAUACACAUUCGAACUUGUAUUGAGGGUGGUUAUCAUGUGCUUGAUGAGGCAGCUCAUGUGACCAGCGAUGUUCGAGCCUCGGCUAAGCAACUUGCCAAACCUCCCAUUGGAUUGCUUGAGGUUGGUAUCCGUGGGGCAAACAUUCUUUUACCCGUAAAAACUAGAGAUGGGACCCGUGGUACAACAGAUGCUUAUGUGGUGGCGAAAUAUGGUCCAAAAUGGGUUCGUACCCGUACUAUACUUGAUCGGUUCAAUCCACUUUGGAAUGAGCAGUAUACAUGGGAUGUGUAUGAUCCAUGUACAGUUCUUACUAUUGGGUUGUUUGAUAAUGGGCGGUACCAUAAGGAUGAAACUUGCAAACCAAGGAAGGAUAUUCGUAUGGGGAAGCUACGAGUACGUUUAUCAGCCCUGGAUACAAAUCGCAUUUACCUUAAUACUUACUCGCUUACUGUAUUGCUUCCGGGUGGGGCUCGAAGAAUGGGUGAGAUAGAGAUAAGUUUAAGGUUCACUUGCUCAUCAUGGAUAAGUCUUCUACAAGCAUACUCAAGCCCAAUGUUACCUAGAAUGCACUAUGUAUGUCCAUUAGGUAGAGCUCAACAAGACAUUUUAAGGCACACGGCAAUGAGAAUUGUGACAGCUAAGCUAGCUCGGUCGGAGCCACCUUUGGGGCUAGAAGUGGUCCAAUACAUGCUUGAUUCAGACACUCACAUUUGGAGCAUGAGAAAGAGCAAGGUGAAUUGGUUCAGGGUAGUCAGUGGGCUAUCUAAAGUAGCCACUUUGGCUCGAUGGCUCAACGGAAUUAGAACAUGGGCUCAUCCACCAACUACGAUCCUAGUCCACAUUAUAAUUAUAGCAAUCGUCCUAUGCCCACACCUUGUGCUACCAACUAUCUUUAUGUAUGCGUUUUUAAUCCUAGCCUUUCAGAUUAGAUAUCGUAAAAAGGUCCCUCUUAGCAUGGAUCCUCGCAUAUCUUGUGUCGAUGUGGUUACCAAUGAUGAGCUCGAUGAGGAGUUUGAUGGCUUACCGACUACACGAUCACCCGAUGUUGUUAGGAUAAGGUACGAUAGGCUUCGAGCCUUGGCAGGAAGAGCUCAACUGUUUUUAGGAGACAUGGCAGCCCAAUGGGAGAGAGUAGAAGCUUUGUAUAAUUGGAGGGAUCCAAGAGCUACAGGAAUAUUUUUAGCAUUUUGCUUGGUAGCAUCAUUGGCAUUCUAUAUGGUGCCAUUUAAGGCUUUUAUGUUAGGAUUAGCUUUCUAUUAUUUAAGGCAUCCCAAGUUUAGGGAUGACAUGCCCUCUGUACCCGCCAACUUUUUUCGACGUCUGCCCGUUCUUUCUGACCAAAUUCUUUGACGUUGUAAUGAUGCGGUUAAGGGACUCAAUUAAUUUAGUUACGUUCAAUAUAUUUAUCGUAUUAAAGAAUUUACCACAUUGUUUAUUCUUAUAGUCAAACUUUAAUUUGUCAAUAUAGCUGGAGAAUCAACAUUCAUUUAAUUUAAAAGU